CAAUUGUAGUGAUACCUCAGAAAAUAUGAAAAGAGAUCAAAAUGAUACUAUUAUAGCACCUUUUCAGGGAAGUAAUGAAAGCUCCCCAGGGAUGACACUUCCAGUAACAAUAUAUAGACCACCAUUAGGAACUACCACACCCAUACCUCAACCAUCAUCUAAUAUACUAUCUUAUACACAACUACGACAACCAUACCUGAGAGAUAGGAGUAAUCAAUCGUCAAGGCCAUCAAAUUCAAGAGUAACAACUCCAUUAGUAGGAAAUACAAAUAGUGAUUCAUCAUUGGGAAAUCCUUAUAAUUUCUCCCAAGUAACUCAAUAUAGUCGUAUAUUUGACCCCUUGGCACCACUUGAUCCUCUCUGA